CUAAACCUUCUCCAACUGCCACUAGCGGAGCUCCCAAUGCUGUGAGUUCUCAUCCCCAAAUCCUUUUCUUCGUUCUGCAACAAAAACGCCUUUUAAUUAAUCAACAAAUCACCAUCCAUCGUUUUAAGGAGCAUUCAUCGACGAUUCGUAAAGUUUAAUAUCCCAUAACGGUCGUGAUCCUCUUGUUUCUCUGAUUCUCUUAUUGAGCCUCUCACUCCCUCCAACAUGGAGAUUCCACUCGCAUUUUAUCAAAGCUUAAGGUUAGAAGAUAACCCGAGCAAAGACUCCUCUAAUUCCAAUCCCAGUGUUUUCAAUUUCCCGCGGUUUUCUAGAUACGAUUUCUCGCUCAGUCGAAGAAGAUGGAACAACCCAUUUGCCAAAAUCACUUGUUCUUCUCUAGUUCAAGGGCUGAAACCAAAGCCCAAGCUGAAACCUGAACCAAUUAGAGAAAUCGAUCAAGGAUCCAAAGAUCCGGUUUUUGAUGAUACCCAGAUCAGGAAAUCUGCUGUCGCGAUCUGUAGUCAGAUCGAAAAGUUCGUCUUGUGUAAUAGGUUAAGGGAAGCAUUUGAAUUGUUUGAGAUUUUGGAGAUUAGAGGUAGUGUUCGUGUUGGGAUUAGUACGUACGAUGCAUUGGUGAAAGCUUGUAUUCGUCUGAAAUCGAUUCGGUGUGUGAAAAGGGUUUACGAGUAUAUGAUAAGUAAUGGGUUUGAGCCGGAGCAAUACAUGAUGAACAGAAUCCUGAUGAUGCAUGUGAAAUGUGGGAUGAUUAUCGACGCACGUAGGUUGUUCGACGAAAUGCCCGAGAGAAACUUGUUCUCUUACAACUCCAUUAUCUCUGGGUUUGUUAACUUCGGUAACUAUUUAGAAGCUUUUCAACUGUUUAAGAUGAUGUGGGAAGAGCUUUCCGAUAGUGAGACUCACACGUUCGCUGUGAUGUUACGUGCAUCGGCUGGUUUAGGGUCUAUUGAAGUGGGGAAACAGUUACAUGUCUGUGCGUUGAAGUUAGGAGUAGUUGAUAACACGUUUGUCUCGUGUGGGUUGAUCGAUAUGUAUAGCAAGUGUGGGGAUGUUGAAGAUGCUCGAUGUGUUUUUGAUGAUAUGCGUCAGAAGACCACAGUUGCUUGGAAUAACAUUAUAGCAGGUUAUGCGCUCCAUGGUUACAGCGAGGAAGCCAUGUCUUUGUUGUAUGAUAUGCAAGACUCCGGUGCAUCUCUUGAUCAGUUCACACUUUCAAUAAUGAUAAGAAUUUCUACAAGGCUUGCGAAGGUUGAGCUUACUAAGCAAGCCCAUGCUACACUGAUUCGUAAAGGGUUUGAGUCGGAGAUCGUGGCGAACACGGCUCUUGUGGAUUUUUAUAGCAAAUGGGGUAGAAUAGAUACUGCUAGAUAUGUAUUUGAUAAGUUGCCGAGGAAAAAUAUAAUCUGCUGGAACGCUUUGAUGGGUGGAUAUGCGAAUCAUGGUCGAGGAGCAGAUGCAGUCAACUUGUUUGAGAAGAUGCUUGCAGCAAAAAUCACUCCAAACCACGUCACAUUCCUUGCUGUUCUAUCAGCUUGCGCUUACUCAGGGUUUUCUGAACGAGGGUGGGAAAUUUUUCUAUCGAUGAGUGAGGUUCACGGGAUCAAACCAAGGGCGAUGCACUAUGCUUGCAUGAUAGAGAUUUUGGGUAGAGACGGUUUAUUAGAUGAAGCCAUUGCUUUCAUCAGAAGAGCUCCUUUAAAACCGACGGUUAACAUGUGGGCAGCGCUCUUGAAUGCAUGUAGGAUGCAUGGGAACUUAGAGCUCGGAAGAGUGGUCGCUGAGAAACUCUAUGCAAUGGAACCUGAGAAGCUCGGAAACUACGUUGUGAUGUAUAAUGUGUACAACAGUAUGGGAAAAACUGCAGAAGCUGCAGGAGUUUUGGAUACGUUGGAGAGUAAAGGUUUGAGAAUGAUGCCGGCUUGUACUUGGGUUGAGGUUGGUGAUCAGACUCAUAGUUUUCUUUCAGGAGACAAGUGUGAUUCUUACAAUGACACAGUGAAAAAGAAAAUAUACCAAAAAGUUGAUGAACUGAUGGAAGAAGUUUCCAAGUAUGGGUACUCGGUGGAGGAGACAAACCUUCUAUUGGACGUUGAUGUAAAAGAAGAGCGAAAUGUAGUGAGAUAUCACAGCGAGAAGCUUGCGAUAGCUUAUGGAUUGGUGAAUACGCCGGAAUGGAAUGCAUUGCAGAUAACUCAGAACCAUAGGAUAUGCAAAGACUGUCACAAGGUGAUUGAGUUUGUAUCUUUGAUUACAGGAAGAGAGAUUGUAGUGAGAGACGCUAGCAGGUUCCAUCAUUUCAAAGAAGGGAAGUGUUCUUGUGGAGGAUAUUGGUGAAUGAGGAUGGGGCCUAGGAAGUAGAAACAGAGGUCCAUUUUCGUAGUGAUAGGUUAAGCAAGGGCGUUGUUUUCUUUUCGUAAUUUGCGCUAAAGAUAUAUGUAUAACAGAGGGGAAAUAGUGUGAUCAUGUACCGGUUUAGAUGCUUGUUUCUGAUUUUUUAUCAAUAAAGGUAAGAGCUUUGUUAUUACUGCCUAUAGCACAAAAGACUG